AUGGGGGGAUACCUCAGUUCUGAGUCAGAGCAACCCUCGAUCUUCUCCAAACGCGGUCAAACUGCCGUCGAAUUGGGCUCAAAGCGUAUGACAUGGAAGAUUAUCAGCGAUAUGUGGCAUCCCGAAAAGAAUCCCUCGGGAAUUCUCUCGGUUGGGAUGGCAGAGAAUACACUCCUCCACGACUUCCUCCUUGAGUUCAUCCAUGCCAAUGUCAAGCUCACAACUGCACAUCUCACCUAUAACAAUGGCAGCAUGGGAUCAAAUUCACUCAGAGACGCAGUCGCUCACUUUUUGAACCGACACUUCAGCCCGUUCCGCCCAGUGGAGUCUGCUCAUAUUUUGGUGACCAACGGAUGUUCCUCUGCGAUUGAGCAUCUCAGCUGGACUUUCCUAGAACCAGGAGAGGCAAUCCUUCUCAGCAUGCCAUACUACAGCACUUUCGUUGCCGACAUUACCUUACGGCCAGAGGCUGUGGUGGUGCCCGUGAAGAUGGGCAGUUUGGAUCCCUUGAGCCCAAAGGCAGUACAGGAGUACGAAAAGGCAGCCAUUGAAUACGAAAACAGAACGGGAAAGCGCGUGCGUGGAGUCAUGCUUUGCAACCCACACAACCCGCUGGGUCGUUGCUAUCCACAUGAGACCUUGACUGCUUUGAUGAAGUUAUGUCAGUCCCGCAGGAUGCAUCUUAUCUCAGACGAGAUAUAUGCUCUUUCGGUGUGGGAAAACAGAGUCGAUGAAACAGGCUCUCCUGUUCCAUUCGAGUCUCUGCUGUCAAGAGAUACGACUGGACUGAUUGACCCGCAGCUCGUCCACGUGCUUUGGGGUAUGAGCAAGGACUUUGGUGCCAAUGGUCUGCGUGUUGGCGCUGUUAUAUCUCAGUCCAAUCCUGAUUUCCAUAUCGCUCAAAGAUGUCUGUCUCUCUAUACAUUUGUGUCUGCUAUGUCGGACCAGACCACAGCAGCGAUUCUUUCCAACGAUGAUUUCACGGAUGCGUACAUCAAGAAGAACCGUGAGCUUCUCUCCAUCUCACAUGAGUAUGUUGUCAAUGCUCUUAAGUCUUCUGGUAUCGACUAUCUCCCUGGAUGCCAUGCGGGAUUCUUUGUCUGGGUCAACCUUGGCAAGAAGUAUUUAGAGCGCUAUCCUCAAAUGGAUAAGAGUGGACUAGAGCUUACAGAGCUCGUACACCAAAGGUUGCUUACCCGAAAGGUGUACUUGGCACACGGAAUCGCCUACGGAGCCGAAAAUCCGGGCUGGUUUCGUGUGGUUUUCUCUCAUCCGAUCCCGUGGCUGGAGGAGGCAAUGGUACGUAUCGUACGUGCUAUAGAAUAG